CCACUAAAAAAUGGCAGAAAGUGGUAGUAGUUUGAACUCUAUCAUGUCCAAUUAACCGAGAGUGGAGAAGAGAGAAAAAAAACAAUAACAAUAACAAAUUAACAAUGGCGCGAGCAGCAGUAUCAGCUUCCCUGAAGCUUUUCUCCCUCAAAUCAUCUUCUCAAUCUCUCUCCUCCAUUUCCGCAACAGUUGCCUUCAGCACCUUUCGCACUCCUUCUCAGAAGAGGAGAGAGAAAGAGAAGAAGCGAACUCCAAGUUCCGCCAUAACAUUAGCUUCAACUUCAUCUUCAUCUUCAUCUUCAAAUUCGAAGCUGAAAUCGGCAGCCUUAGAAGUGGUCAAGAGGAGGACGAGGUCAGAAAAGGAAUUCGAUGAAGAUUACAUCAAGAAAUAUGGAGAUGAAGAGAGUCAUAUUCCAGUAAUGCUCGGUGAAAUUCUCGAUGUUUUUCCUUCUUCUUCGUUUCGCCUUCGCUCUUUCGUCGAUUGUACCCUAGGCGCCGGUGGUCACUCUUGCGCUAUAAUUCAAGGUCAUCCUGAACUGCAAACAUAUAUUGGAUUAGAUGUUGAUCCUGUAGCCCAUGAGAAGGCUCAAUUUCGAAUCAGCAGUGUACUGAGCAGCAAGCCUUCUUGUUCAAAUAUCGAUUUGAAAGCUCAUAUGCUAUUGAGGAAUUUUAAAGAAAUUAAACAAGUCAUUGGUCAGGUUGAUGAGAAGCUCUUAUUGUCUGGAGUUGAUGGGAUUUUGAUGGACUUGGGAAUGUCUUCCAUGCAGGUUGAUGAUGCUGGAAGAGGAUUCAGCAUGCUUAACAAUGGGCCAUUAGAUAUGCGAAUGGAUCCUAAGGGUACUUUGAAAGCAGAGGAUAUACUCAAUUCUUGGCCACCAACUGAAGUUGGGAGAAUCCUUCUGGAGUAUGGAGAAGAAAGUAACUGGUAUUCCCUUCAGAACAAGAUUGCCAAGGCUCGUCUAGGCGGUGGGUUUCAUUCAACUGGGGAUUUGGUGAAUCUUAUUCGCAGUACAAAUUCCAGAAUAAAAGGAGGCAGGCAGGGUUGGAUAAAGACCGCUGCACGAGUUUUCCAAGCACUAAGGAUAGCAGUUAAUGAUGAACUCAAAACUUUGGAAAAUUCUCUUUAUUCUUGCUUUGACUGCCUCAGCCCUGGUGGCAGGCUCGCAGUCAUUUCCUUCCACAGUCUGGAAGACAGGAUUGUAAAACAGACUUUCCUCAACAUCAUCAACAACAUUCACAGGAAAGGAGACACAAUCGAAAAAGAGGGAGGAUAUGGAACUGAGCCAAGAGAGUAUACAUUUUACCCCUCGGAAAAGGAAGCUUGGAUUAAACAAGUUGUAAAAGGUUCUGCUGGGGUAAUUCUCACUAAGAGACCUAUAACAGCAUCUACUGAGGAAGAGAAAUUAAAUUCCAGGUGUAGGAGUGCUAAACUCAGAGUAAUCCAGAAAUUUUAAGGUAUUAGUCAAUUUAAGUCAAUUGGGAGGCGAGUUCAGUAGAGUUAUCAGCUAUUGUGAUUAGUAUUCAGGAAACUAGGACAGCUUUUCCUUUAAUAUUAUGAAUUUGACUUCUAUAAAGUCGCACCAAUUCCUCGUUUCUUAGUUUUUAUUUGUUGUGGUAUGACUAGUGAAUCUGUCAUAUAUUAAACUCCAAUGGAGAAAUUACCUGUC